GUCUCGCGAACCUGGAAACUCCCCCAAUUCGUUCGCUCUUUUGUACUGGUCUCAGAAUCCCAAGCCCGGGGUGACUUCAGCCUGAGUCUGGUAUUGAGCCUCCUCUCGAUGCUUAAACUUGUUUCUAUAUUAUAACUUCUGGCCGUAGCUUGAACGGCUGUCCUUUCUCUCAAUCAAUCAAUUCUGUCCAUUUGCGCCAUUACUUCAUAUAAUAAACCAAUCACCAUGAUACUUUCGCGGAGAAGCUAUCUCCUCCCUACUGUGAUUCUCAUCUGUCUCACCUACAGUCUGUUCUCUAGUCUACCGCCCGGCGCCAGGAGACCACAUUCACAUGCUCAUGACAAUGCGCAACAACCCACCUUGACUUCAGCAUCGUCAGGUGGUGAUCGAAUCCAUUGGACUAAACAAUCCGAACAUCAUCCAAUCGAGGAUUACAUCCCUCUUCCUACAGCAGUACCAUCCGCUAUACCUAAGAUACAGUAUGAGUUCCCAAGAGAGUCGUGGGUUGCUGGAUGGAGGAGGAAAAAGAGACAGAACGCCGUGAAGAAGGCGUUCCAACAUGCGUGGAAAGGAUACAGAGACAAUGCCUGGCUACGGGACGAGCUGUCUCCCCUCAGUGGGCGCCAUCGCGAGACGUUUGCUGGAUGGGCAGCUACGCUGGUUGAUUCCCUUGAUUCUCUGGUCAUCAUGGGCAUGACAAAAGAGUUCGAAGAAGCGCUGGAAGCUCUCGACCGCAUCGAUUUCUCGACCACGCACGCUCUGCAGAUCAAUAUCUUCGAGACCAACAUUCGCUACCUGGGCGGGUUUCUGGGAGCCUAUGAUCUUACCGAUGGAAAAUACCCUAUCUUGCUCAGGAAGGCCACCGAGAUUGCGGACAUGAUAUAUGGAUCGUUCGACACCCGUAACAGGAUGCCGCAAUCCAGAUGGGAAUGGACCAGAUCUGCAGGAGGUCACGGCAUUAUGCCCAGUAAACAAACUAUUCUUGCUGAACUCGGAUCGCUCAGUCUGGAAUUCACCCGAAUGUCUCAGCUGACCAAGGAUCCUAAGUACUUCGACGCCAUUCAAAGGAUUACAGACUUCUUUGAAGAGAAUCAGGGACUUACGAAACUGCCAGGCUUGUGGCCUAUGAUGGUGAAUGCACAAGAUAUGGAAUUCAGUGACCCUCGAUUUACAAUCGGAGGGAUGGCUGACUCGACGUACGAGUAUCUCCCCAAGGAGCAUAUGCUGCUUGGAGCUCAAACAAAUCAAUAUCGCGGAAUGUACGACUCGUUCAUGAAAGCUCUCAAGAGCCGUCUCCUCUUCCGCCCAAUGACGAAGGACAAUCAAGACAUUCUUUUCGCUGGGAACGUCCAGGCCAAUGUGAUCUCCCCCAGCAGGGAAAGGCUGGAUCCACAAUGGGAACAUCUGAAGUGCUUCUUGGGUGGCACUGUCGGCAUUGGAGCCAAAGUAUUCGACCGUCCCGAAGAACUCUCUAUCGCGCGGAAGUUGGCCGAUGGAUGCAUCUGGGCAUACGAUAUCAUGCCCACUGGUAUCAUGCCAGAGAUACUCCAUCUGAGCGCAUGUCGUGACCCGAAUGAUUGCAAGUGGGACGAAAACAAGUGGUAUCAGGAUGUGCGACACCGCUUGGCGAAGAAGUCCAGCUCUCAGAAUUCCAUCGAGCAGGCCGAAUCACUCAUUGAAACAUACGGGCUGCCGCCGGGGGUGGUUGAUAUUCCAGACCCGAAGUAUCACCUCAGACCAGAGGCCAUCGAAUCUGUAUUUAUACUGUACCGUAUCACCGGCGAUACGAAAUUACAAGAUGCUGCAUGGCGAAUGUUUAAGAAUAUCGAGAAGAUGACUUGGACGCACUUUGCCCACGCUGCAAUCGCCGAUGUGCGCGAUCCUGAGUCACCACAGCUGGAUUACAUGGAGAGCUUCUGGCUAGCGGAAACCCUGAAGUACUUUUACCUCAUCUUCUCCGAGCCGGAUGUUGUAAAUCUGGAUGAAUACGUCCUGAACACUGAGGCGCAUCCAUUCAGGCGCCCUUCUGUCUGAUCGUGAAAGCCGAUCCCCAAUUUUCUCGUUUACAUGCUGAGAUUAGCGCGACAAAACUUGCAUCGGUGAGGCGUUAUUCAUGCUUUGGUUUCUUUAGACAGACCCAACCUUUUGUACAUAGACUAGGUUUUCCAAUUUGAUAAAAUGCCUCCGACUUACGCGUCCUCAUCAUGAGCAGCAAAGAGUCGAUCCUAGGCCACUGUAUUGACUGUGUUGAAGCCACGUACCCCUUUCGAAAAUCUC